CCCGUGCAUUUUUUUUGUGAUGACGCCAUUUUCAAAAGACCGAAGCUUUAUUGGGAUCCUACGACUGUUCAUCGAUGAAGUUUAAAUAAAGAAUCGGAGCGUUUGAAUUACAAGGCAUGGACCUGACGAAUUACAGCAGGCAGCUCAUGCAGCAGCUGUGGGCCCUGAGGACGGAGGGCAAGUUCUGUGACUGUACCAUAUUAGUGGGCGACACGCCUCACACCGCGCACAAGCUGGUCCUGGGAGCCACCAGUAUGCUCUUCAGAUCUCUGCUGGAAGGCUCUGACACCAUCUCUAUCGACACGGCGGUGGUGUCGUCGCAGGAAUUCGCCUGCCUGCUUGACCUGGCUUACACGGGCAAGCUGCCCACUGGAAAGCACAACGUCAGCCGCGUCAUCGCCUCGGCAGACAGCUUGCAGAUGUACGAUGUGGCCGUGCGCUGCAAGAACAUCCUCAGUAGGCUGGUCGGGGCCCAGCCCAGGCCUGCUGCAGCUGCUGCUGCUGUCACCACCACCCAGACAGAGGCUCAGACCCAGAACCAGGCUGAACCUCAGACCCAGACUGAACCUCAGAACCAGAACCUGGCUGAACCUCAGAACCAGAACCAGGCUGAACCUCAGACCCAGACUGAACCUCAGAACCAGAACCAGGCUGAACGUCAGAACCAGAACCUGGCUGAACCUCAGAACCAGAACCUGGCUGAACCUCAGAACCAGAACCUGGCUGAACCUCAGAACCGGAACCAGGCUGAACCUCAGAACCGGAACCAGGCUGAACCUCAGACCCGGAACCAGGCUGAACCUCAGACCCAGACUGAGCCUCAGACCCAGAACCAGGCUGAACCUCAGACCCAGACUGAGCCUCAGCAAGAGGUCCAGGCUGAACCUCAGACCCAGACUGAACCUCAGGUCCAGAUCCAGGCUGAGCCUCAGACCCAGGCCCAGGCUGAACCUCAGGUCCAGACUGAACCUCAGGUCCAGAUCCAGGCUGAGCCUCAGACCCAGGCCCAGGCUGAGGUCCAGGUCCAGGUCCAGGCCGAGAGGGGAAUGCCACCCGCAGCACACAGAGCAUCUCCAGCUGGAGACCAGGUGCAGGAGGAGGCUGUGAAAGCCAGGCUGGAGGGCAGAGAGGAAGUAGAGGAGUCUCCUGGCCAUAGGAGGCUUGCUGGGUCAAAGAGGCCGGGAAGUGUGGAAGCGCCAAGCCCUAAGAUCCCUCGUAUGGAAGUCCUGGGGUCCAACGACCGGGACGUCUGCGUGCCCCGGCGACUCCUCCGUCAGCUGAAGGAGUCGUCAGAGGUGGUGCCUCCUCCCUGGACGGCCGGCGCUCUGCUGGAGCGCUCCGGGGAGCUGCUGGAGCUGCUGGGGGGUGUGGCCUCCCUCGCAGAGCUCCUCCCCCGGGCGGCGGCCAGCUGCCUGGAGGAUCAGGAGAGAGAGGUGGUGCUGGGGUGCUGCUCGGGGGGGGCCACGCCCACCGCCGCCGCCCUGCUGGUGGCCCGGCUGAGGGAGGGGCUGAUGAGCGAGGCCGGGACGCUGGCGCUGCUCGCCGCCCUUCAAGAGGAGUCUCCGGCCCCAUGGGGGGCCGGCCUGCUGGCCCUUCUGGAGGAGGUGGAGCCCGCCGCAGGGUCCACCACUGAAGACCAGGACCAGGAGGCAGGAAGCGAUGGCACCAACGAAGAGGUAGACAAAGAGGCAGACUAUGAAGAAGAGGAAGACAAGGACGGGAGCGUUAAGGAGGAGGUGAAGUGUGAGGCCGCCGCCUCAGGGCCGGACCCUGAUGGCCCCGCCCCGCCACAGCCCUACUCCUGCCGCUGGUGCAAGAAGGGGUUUGCCUUCAAGUGCCGGCUCCGGGCUCACCUCAAGUGCUGCGCCCUGUCGCAGGAGCCCAAGCACCAGUGCCCCCAGUGCCCCCAGCGGCUGCCCACCGUGCGGGCCCUGCAGCGCCACCGCGGAGAAGCCCACCCCAACGCCCCGCAGGCCAAGAAGAAGGUGGCCUGUGACCUGUGCGGCCGCACCUUCGCCCACCCCUCUGGCAUGAUCUACCACAAGCGCACGGAGCACUUUGAAGAGAAGCCUUUUGCGUGUGACGAGUGUGGGACCAAGUUUGCUGCCAACUCGUCCCUGAAGAACCACAUGCGGCUGCACACGGGCGAGAAGCCCUAUCACUGUAGGCACUGCGACAUGAGCUUCAGCGUGGCCGCCGCCCUGGCCUACCACACCAAGAAGAAGCACUCCGAGGGCAAGAUGUAUGCUUGCCAGUACUGCGAGGCCCUGUUCGCCCAGUCCAUCGAGCUGACCCGUCAUGUGCGCACACACACGGGUGACCGGCCCUAUGUGUGUCGCGAGUGUGGCAAAGGUUACAGCCAGGCGAGCGGGCUUACCGUCCACCUCCAGACCUACCACAACAUCCUGGAGCCCCACGACUGCCAGAAGUGCCGUCUGAGCUUCUCGUCAGUGGAGGAGCACAGGAAGCACCUCCAGGACAGCCACCCGCGUGAUUUCCACAAGUGCCCCGUCUGCCACAAGGUGUUCCACAGCGCCGCCAUGCUGGAGAAACACAAGGCCAUGCACUCCGGGAUGAAGCCCUACAGCUGCGACCUCUGCCAAAAAUCCUACCAGCAACUGUCGGGCCUGUGGUACCACAACAGGACCAACCACCCGGAGGUGUACGCCAGCCAGACCAGCAAGUCCCUCAAGUGCCUGGUUCAGUGCGACAUCUGCUUCAAGUUCUUCCCCAACGCCAGCAGCCUGAGCAGCCACCAGGCGCUGGAGCACGCCGCAGACUCUGAGGGGGCGGCGGCGGUGCGCUGUCCCUACUGCCCCGCCCUGCUUGGUGGCGAGGAGGGGCUCCAGGAGCACUGCACCAGCCAGCACUUCAGCCCCGGGGGCACGGCCUUCAGCUGCUCCCUGUGCCCGCUGCUCUGCCCCAGCCAGCAACAGCUGCAGGACCACUACCUGGCCUGCCACGUGGAGGCGCUGGUGGAGCAGGCAGGCCGAGGGGCCACCGUUGGAGGAGGAGGAGAGGAGGAGGUAGCAGAGGAAGAGGAGGAGGCCUUUAUCUCGGACAGCGCGCAGGAGAUCCCGACAGAGCCUCUUCUGGACGGAGCGGGGUCGGUUCUCUCCCUGGACCCAUCGCAGCUGGCCGGCUCUCAGCAGGUGUUCGUGGCCCUGGGAGGCGGGGCCGUGGCAGAGCUGUCAGCAGACAUGGUGGCCGUCAACAUGGACGACCUGCUCAACGGCACUGUCACCUUCAUCUGUGAAGACAAACCGUGAGGUCGGCCACUCAGGACCCACCCUUUAGGAUUACUGCGCCUCCACCUCUCAGGACCCUGAGGGGUGCAGGGAUGACAGGUCAAAGGUGGGCUGGUGUGACCUAACACCCAAGUCGAAGCUCAGGGAUGUCAGCAAACAGGUCCCAGAAAUGGAAACCGCAUUCUGGGCCUAGACCAGAAUCUGUAUUUCUCUUUCUUACCAGAAACUGUGCUGUUCAUUUAAUUGGUGGCCAUUGAGGUUGAUACGUUUAGAUUGUUUCUACCAAAUUAAAAGGAAUUCAAGUUAAAAGAAAAACUCUGGGGAUACCAUGUUCAGCAAAGAAUGAAGAUAGGUCAUUUUUGUCCUGGAGAGAAUGCAUGUAAAAAGAGUAUAAAGUGGGUCAGAUCACAUUAUGCAAAUGACACAAUUGUGUGAUGUGGAUAUUGAACACCUGCUCUGCUGGUAACAUCAUCCGUCUGUACCAGACAAUGAACUGCAGUGAUCAACCACCCUGUGUCUGGGUGUCGGAGGAGCCCAGCGUCCCCCCCUAGAGGGCGUGGGGCAACAUAACCACCUGCAGGCCAAGGUCACCACCUCAGGUUCUGACCAAAAGGGUGGAAUGGGCCUCUACAGAAGAAUGGAUCUGACAACAGCUCAGGCCCAAAAUAUAAAGACCUUGUUUAUUGCGGAAUGCAUGAUUAAAUACAAUAGUCCUUUUCUCACAACGUUGAAAGUGCGUACCUUUGAACAUAGAACUGCCAAACUCGUAUUUACCAAUGAGCCAGGAAGAAAGCUGCUGUCUCCUUUAUUUCUCGACAUUUAUUAAAACCUCCAUAGCGAAAUACAAGCAAAUAAAAUUACUCGACCAAGCAUGACCAACACCACGAAACAUCUAGAAGAUUAUAUCUUGAGUGUCUGUGAAUCAUGCUGAAAAUAAUAAGAGUCCAACAAAAUAAAAUACUGUUCUUAAUAAUA